CAUGUUUCUGUCUUCAAAGCAAACUGGCCUUGGCUUGUAAACAAGAGCUGGAAAAAGUAGCUUAGCACGCUAAGGACAGUUCUAGAUCAAAGCAGGCGUUGUGUGUGUGGUGUGUCUUGUGUGUGUUUGGUCGUCUUUCAGAAGCUCUUGAAUUACAUUUUUUAGCAGACUUUUCUUUCUAUUUGUCAGAUGCUUUCUUUUGGGGGGGGGGUUAACGGGAUUUGGCAUGACUGGACUUCUUACAGGGUAAGAGGGAAUGUAACAUUUGCCCAUUGGAGAGUACAUGAUAAAUGCUUUACUGAUGACUGUACCAGUAAUGCAUCAGACUUUCGCCACCCACAGAUUCCUACCACUACUGCACUAAGGGACUGAUUUCCAUGACAAGAUGUGAAAUGGAGAAAUAUCUGACACAUCAGCUUCCACCGGUUCCUGUCAUCCCUGAACAUAAAAAAUACAGAAGAGACAGUGCCUCAGUUGUAGACCAGUUCUUCACUGACAGUGAAGGGUUGCCUUAUAGUAUCAACAUGAAUGUCUUCCUUCCUGACAUUACUCACCUGAGAACUGGCCUCUACAAAUCCCAGAGACCAUGUGUAACCCACAUCAAGACAGAACCAGUUACCAUCUUCAAUCAGCAGAGUGAAGCUACUGCCUCCACCCAGGCUCUCCCAGAGUUUACCAGUAUCUUCAGCUCUCACCAAACUCCUGAUGUGAACAACAUUUUCAUCAAGCAAGAGCUUCCUACUCCAGAUAUUCAUCUUUCUGUCACACCCCAGCAGGGCCAGUUAUAUCAGCUCUUGAGCUCACCGGAUUUAGAUAUGCCCAAUUCUACUACCCAGGCGGCAGUAAUGGACUCUCUUAACAAUGUUUCCAUGCCAUCAGCUAUGGCAGGCCUUAACACUCACUCCUCUGCUAUUCCACAGACUACAAUGAAACAAUUCCAGGGAAUCCCCCAAUGCACCUACACAAUGCCAAAUCAGUUUCUUCAGCCACAGGCCACUUACUUCCCUCCUUCACCCCCAAGUUCAGAACCCGGAAGUCCAGAUAGACAAGCAGAAAUGCUACAGAAUUUAACCCCUCCUCCAUCCUAUGCUGCGACUAUCGCUUCCAAGAUGGCAAUCCAAAAUCCUAAUUUACCAGUGGCCAUGCCAAUACAUUCACAGAACAUCCAGACAGUCAGAUACAACAGAAGGAGUAACCCAGACCUGGAGAAGAGACGGAUCCACUACUGUGAUUAUCCUGGCUGCACAAAAGUUUAUACAAAGUCGUCCCACUUAAAAGCUCAUCUGAGAACUCACACUGGUGAGAAGCCAUACAAAUGUACAUGGGAUGGCUGCGACUGGAGAUUUGCUCGCUCUGAUGAGUUGACACGCCACUACAGGAAGCACACAGGCGCCAAACCUUUCCAGUGCGCUGUGUGCAAUCGUAGCUUCUCUCGCUCUGACCACCUGGCCCUGCACAUGAAAAGACAUCAGAACUAAAUUCUGGGCUUGAUGUGGAAGCUGUUUGUAUCUAUGCAAUUUCCUAGUGACUCUCAAUGUGCAGUUAGAAUUAGUUUUAAUUUUUGACUAUGGACAAUCCAUCUAAAAAAAAAAUCUCCAAAGAAACUGGAAAUGUAUAUUUUGUAUAUUUAUGAGGAAACGGGGAAAACACUGAAUCACAGUACCAGAGUGUUCAGUCAUUUUCUGUUUGCUCUGAUCAUGUAUAUGGCUUUAGUCAGCAGGUUUCAUCUCAAGUAUUAUGUCUCAACACAUUGCAUUGUUAUAGAUUAUUUUCUUACGGUGUUUUGACCAAAGCACUGUCAUUAUUGUGGCAAUGUUUAGUAAAUGAAUUAAUGGGAGGACAUAGACAAACUAACACAGAGGACAAGCCAUGAAUUGUAGUCUGUCAGGUUUUUACUGGGCAUAUUUAGUACUUCUGUGGGGGUUUUUUAAUGUUAAGUCUUUCUAAGGAGAUAAAAUAUAAAGAAGAAUUCAUAAGCAGCCAUAGAACAAAAUAUUUGUUCAGUAUGUUGCAUGUUUGCCAUGACGACGAUUUUGUAAAUAUGAAAAUCAGCUUUUUAAGGUUUAUUACAAACGUUUUUUUCUGAGUGCUCUAAAAACAUUCAGACAUUGUACAUUUUGAUAUGGCACAUUUACAAUUACAUUUAUUUAAAUACCUCUCCAAACAUUACCAACUUAGUUUCGUUUUCAGAAAAAAAAUGAACUAACCAUUCAGACAUUUUGUAUCUUAAUAUAAAUGUUGUGCACUGAAUAUUCAAGAUGCUUUAAAAGGGCAAAACAUUUAGAAUGAACUGCAAAUGUUGGAAGCUUAAAUAAUGAGGAUAGUUACAUUAUGCAGAAUGUUAAACCUCUUACUAUAAGCUAAAGUUAGUAUCACUUUAAAAAGAAGGAUUUAGGAUGCAAUUUUCAUAGACUGACAUGUUAAGCUGGUUUAGCACCAGCAUGAUCUAGUUUCAUGUGGAUGUUUGCAUGUAAUUUACCAGAAGGUAAAGGAUACAGUAAUUUUAUUUAAAAUUACAGUGCAGUUUUUAGUUAAUCCACUGUUAACAUUGACAUAAGAUAAGUCACUCUUGACAUAAAUAGAUGCAACUGAAGUCAGUGGAAUUCUGACUUUUUAUGCCAACAGUGAAUUUAGUCAAGUGUUCUGUCUUGAAAUAGGAAAUGAAGGUCCAAAAAUGAGGUUACACUAGGACUUGGCCAAAAUGUAUAAAACAUAAAGGAAAUGAUAACACCUAUCCAUCUCACAAGCUGUGAUUUCUCAUUCUGUCAACCAGUAGGUGGAAUAAACAACCAAAAAGGGUCUCAAAGGAAAAAAUAGCUUUGUUAAAACUGUUGUUCUGUCUUUUUAUUUAUUUUGUGGUAUAUGGAUGACUUUUUAAAGACAAUUUUACAUACACUUGAUAAAUUAUAGUUUUUGUUAGUUAGAAACAUUGCUCUUAAAUGUAAAUAGUUGACAAAUGAUGUAAAUAAUUUUUGUAAGGCUUCAAAUGUUUAUACAUGGAAACGCAUAAAUUGGUUACUGUUUUGCUUCUUUCCUCAACCUUCUCCCUCUUAUUUUUGUAUUUGUGGUAUUUCCUAUGCAAAUGAUGGAGCAAACAGCUGUAUAGUUGUAGAAUGUUUUGAGAGAGAAUGAAAUGGUUUAUAUAUAAAGACAAUUUUUUUGAAAAAUAAAACCAAGUGCCUCGAAUGAA